GUUUAUGCCUUGAUUUCUCUGGGAAGGGUCAGGGUUUAGCUGCGUGGAUAUCUGGUUUGUGGCCUUAUUGCAAAUUGGGAGUAGGCAAAGGACUACGUUGUGUCUUAUUUCUUUCUUAUAAGGGUGGCAUUUCUGAAGUUUCCCCUUUUUCUCUUUUUCCUUUUUUCCCAUUUUCUUUUUUUUUUAUUAUUAUUUUUCGGUGAGAGCAGAGAAACUGACAGUUUCUGUGGAAUAUUAAAGCUCUUUCUUCUAAGGAACUCUAUUUUUAAAGUUGCUCCCUCUUUAAAACCUGACAGCUCGUCUGUUUCUUUUUGUUUCAUCUUCAAUACCAUGUUAGAUCUGUUGAGUCAAAGAUCUGUAGUGGGGCAGGACUACUGCACUGUCUGCAUUGCUUUUCUUGACUGAUUGUUCUCAUGAUAAUUUUUAUUUUGGAAAGUUAUUUUAUUGCUAAUAUAUUAAUACAAUUUCUGCCAUUAAUAUGUAAUUUCCACUUGGAAAUGUUGCCUUGGCUUCCAUAAUGCCAAAACCAGCCAAGUCUCUGAGUAAACAGGUAAAAAUCAGUUGGUAAAAAAAUAACUUUAUGGACAGAAUUAAUUGUAUUUCAGAGUUGUAUCAAUUCUUGAUCAGUGUGAAGCUGGCAUGGACCCAAACCAAGUAAAAGAUGGAGAUGUUUAGUUCUUUUCAGAGGCAUAAAACCUGAUUCGGGGUGCCUUGGCUUUUUUUGCUGUAGUGGUAGAAGAGCAUUUCCAGAAAGAGACACAUAGCUGAGAGGCACUUAAGUGGAGGGACAUGGCUGGGCACCUGCUUAUCUUUGAGAGUUUGGGUUCCCAAAUCGAACUGAAAAAUUGAUUCUGUCGGCUUCGAUGCCAGAAACUGCUCCUGAGGUAAGCGUCAGAAUGUUUUGAAAGAACUGAGAGGAGUUUCCAUCCUUCUUGAAAUCAACUGCUGGAAUUGCUUCUUAGCCUUAACCACAGAGCUUAGGGUGCUUGCCAAGGAAUUUGAAGAUGUUCUUCUUCGCUGUGGUGCUUGCAAGAAGCAGCCCUGGUAUUUCUUGUGUCACAGAGGUGCAGUUGGUAUUCCUUCCUUUGUGUGGAUGUGUCUUGUGUGCCCCUGUGCUCACCCUCUGGUCAGAAGAAGAGCAAGCAGGAAGAAACAGUAUUUUUUCGUCUCCUGGUUAGAAUACUUCAACCCUGAAGUGAUUUCGGGAUUUUUUUUCUGGUUUUUUUUUUUACCUCAACCGUGGAUGAAUUACUUGAUGCCUUUGGGACUACAGGUUUUGAUUUGGGCACCUUUACUAUUUUAGAUAGUUCAGUUAAUUCCUGUUUUAAGUGCCUGCAUCCUCUUCUGGUCUUCUUCCCACAGCAAAUUUCUGUGGGUUUGGGGCCUGUGCCCUUGUGGAGCUCUUUUAAAGCCUUUAUGGCCCAGCACAAGUGUAAGAAUUUGUGUACAUUAAUUUGUUGGUUGAGUCUGGGUGCAAAAGCACAUUAUGAGAAACCUAAUUUAGUGAGAGACUCACUGAGUGAAAGCAUUGAAGUUUUUUCUUCUUCUUUGGAAAAAGCACAAAAGCAAAUGUUUGUGACCUUUUUAAGACUCAGACUGGAAAGUCCAUGUGCUCAGGAGGCAUCUUCAGUUUGUGUGGAGGCAGAGGUUUGGUUUUGAGCACAUUGUGCCACUGUAGAUGAGACCUGGCUGGUGCAGAAGAGGUCCCAGAGUUACACAGUGUGCGGGUGAAGAGUCUGCUGUGUUUUCACUGCUGGUGAAACUGCACCAUCCUGAACACCACCAGGCAGCAGAGGGAAUAGCAGGGAAGAGAUGGUGUCAGUGGGCACAUUUGGGAAGCUGGGAAGUAGUGGUGGAAGCUUCCUUAUCUCCUGGGUGAAGAGGAUAGACAGAAGGACGAUGAAGGAGCACUUCUCUUACAGAGACAGUGAGGAAUCUGGGGAGAGGACAGAAUAGAGAAAGUACAUGCAUGAAUCAUAAGAAGCAGGAAUUUGUGGUGGAGCGAUGGUCAGGUGGGUGAUGAAAGCAGGAAGCGGAGAAAACGAAUGCCAGUUCUUCCAGUAGCCAGUGGUGAACUGACUCUUCAGGCUGGUUGGGUCGCAGCUGAUCAGAGGCUGAAGUGUGUGAUAAUACAGUCCUGAAAAGCACAGGCACAAAGGGUGUCUUGACUCUUCCCAGAGACUGGGACAGAGGGUUCCAUGUGUGUGUUGCCUGAGGAGAGAGGCAGUUUAUUUCAGCCAACCCUUAGUCCCCUCUGCCUCCUACAAAAAAACCUCCUUCCGAUUGCUGAUACAGUCUUGGCUACAAAUUGAUGAGUAGCAAAGGUUUGUGUGAAUUAUGGGAAUGUGCUUUAGUUUCAUGCUGGUGGCAUGAAAUGAGCAGGUGAGUAGGUAAUGAAUGUAAUAUAGGUGCAGGCCCAUGAGAAAUUGGAGAAGAAGCAACAGAAAAGAAGAAACUAAACAGUGAAGACAACACAGGAAAUAUAACAAGAUGAAUAGGAAGGACAUUCAUAGUAGACUGGCUGGGUGUAUACUGAAUAGAUGGAAGGAAGCCAAUUAGGGUAUAAAUCUUGCUAAAAUGACUGUAUGAAACUUUGUUAUUCUCUUCUUGGUUCUGUGGUGUGGCAGAGGUUGAUUGCCAUCAGUCCAGCUAUUUCUUACAUCUAAGGUUGAGAAGCAUUUCUUUUUUGCUCUUGAUUCUGAAAAAAAGUACCCACGUGAAGAGCUGUUCCUGUUAACAGUGGGUGCUUCUGACAGAAACGCUUGACAGUCAGAAUUAUUGGGAGGUGAUAUCUGUCCAGCUGGAUACUACUACAAUGAUUUGUUAGCACAGCUGUCUUUAAAAUACAGAGGCCUUCCAGCUAAGCAUCACACAAAUACAAGGAGCCCUUGGAAUAUUUUUAGUCUGCCUCUGCUUUCCUCCAGCUCAGUGUCUGGCUAUAUUUCUCUCUGUUUGUGUAAGGGACAAGGCCUGUGUGACUGCACCAGAAUCUGGACAACACCCCAAGGGAGAAUUCUAGAGAUGAAGAGUUGAGAAAAGUUGAGCUAAGAAAUGGGGAAGUUUAGAAAAUACUUGCUGUAGAUUAAGGGUUUAUGUUUGUGUUUUGAAUUAGUUAAUUUUUUCCUUUGGAUAGCAGUUUCCCUAUAAAAACUUAAUGAAUGUCUUUAUGUUAGUUGAUGUAAUUUGGAAAAGUUAUGGUUCUUAUGGAAGCCUUGUGUAGAAUCUUAACGUUUUCUCUGUCUUUUGUGAUAAUAUCACAAAAAUGGGAUGACUUUUGCCUGUCACUGUGAAAAAUGUUUGGAGGAAGGAAAAUCACAUCUUCCACUUGUGCAGAAAUAUGCAGCAACAUUCAGUUGGCUUUUGCUGGCUCCACACUUAUAAAACUGGUUGGACUCAGUGCAAGGGAGUAGCAUAAGUUUAUGUUAGAUUGCAUUUUACCUAACUGGGCUUGCCUGAUUUUAAUUAUAAUGCAGAAAAGUAAGCAGCAAAAUUUAGAUUGCAGUUUCACAUCUUAGUAAGUAUUUUAACUUAGUGGUCUUAUUUGGUUCUUUUGUUAAGAAGAUUGAAAUAAGUUAUUAUGCAUUGAAGAAAUGUUGACAUCCUGUUCAAAAAGCUUGGUAGAACUUGACAAUUUGAGAUUUUUGAGAAUUGGUGAUACUUUUGAAGACAACUGCAAAUAAAUGCUUAGUCUUUGGGAAAGUAUUUUGAAAAUAUUCACAGAUCUGGGUAUGAUGAUAUGCUCUGGAAGCAGUUUACAUUGAUGAUUUCAAUUCCUGAAGUGACAUAAGAGUGAACUCCUCAUGACUGCCCAGGUGUGAACAUAGAGACAUCAAAACCAAUGUGCAUUUCAGGUUAUUAGCUUUCUAUGUUUAACUUACUUUAUCGAGCCUUAUUGAUUUGCCAAUGCUGUAUUUCCCACCAUCCAACAAGGAUUUGAGUGUGAACUUGUCUAGGCUUUGUCUUAAUUUCUUUUUUCUUUAGAAGAUGAUAAGGAAAUCAUAUUUUCACAUUUUGUUAUGAGCAGCUUUUGAGUUUGUGAAACUGUGGGGUUUUGAGAAAUGGACAUAGAGUGUGGGAUCUCACACUCCCCUGGGUGUUUGGUGUUCUAGAGUAGUAAUGCUGGAAUCCCAAACAGAGGGACCCCAAGUGAAAUCUGGUUCAUCUGAAAGUCAUGAGGAGCUGUAUGUUAAUUUUCGUGCACCUAGAAUUUCAGCAUUUCAGUGCACAGGGAGAGGCAACUUUGCCUAAUGCAAGUUAAAUAACCUUUUUUCUUUACCUUCUACAGACACUGUGACUGAUGAGAGUUAAAGGCCAUGGAUGAAGAUGGGCUUGAAUUGCAGCCACAUGAGCCAAAUGCAUUUUUUGAUCCAACAGGAGCUGAUGCAGCACAUAUGGAUGGAGAUCAGAUUGUUGUGGAAGUACAGGAAACAGUAUUUGUUUCAGAUGUAGUCGACUCAGAUAUAACUGUGCAUAAUUUUGUUCCCGAUGAUCCAGACUCUGUAGUAAUCCAGGAUGUCAUUGAGGAUGUUGUUAUCGAGGAUGUUCAGUGCCCAGAUAUCAUGGAGGAGCCAGAUGUAUCUGAAACUGUCAUUAUUCCUGAACAAGUGCUGGACACAGACGUAGCCGAAGAGGUUUCUUUGGCUCACUGCACUGUCCCAGAUGAUGUUUUAGCUUCUGACAUAACAGCAGAAACAAUGUCUAUACCAGAGCAUGUGCUGACAAGCGAGUCAAUGCAUGUCCCUGAAGUUGGACAUGUAGAACAUGUAGUUCACGAUAACGUCGAAGAAGCAGAUAUUGUCACCGAUACCCUGGGAACAGAUGUUGUUUCUGAGGAAGUCUUGGUGGCAGAUUGUGCAUCAGAGGCAGUGAUCGAUGCCAAUGGAAUCCCUGUGGAACAUCAAGAUGAGAAGGGCAACUGUGAUGAUUACCUUAUGAUUUCCUUGGAUGAUGCUGGUAAGAUAGAACAUGAAGGUUCUGCUGAAAUUACCAUGGAAGCAGAGUCAGAAAGUGGCUCUUGUAAAGUGGAUGGCAUUUGUCCAGAAGUCAUCAAGGUCUAUAUAUUCAAAGCAGAUCCUGGAGAAGACGAUUUAGGGGGCACAGUAGACAUUGUGGAGAGUGAGCCAGAGAAUGACCACGCAGUUGGAUUACUCGAUCAAAACAGCAGUAUUCGUAUUCCAAGGGAGAAAAUGGUUUACAUGACUGUAAAUGAUUCUCAGCACGAAGACGAAGACUUAAAUGUUGCAGAAAUAGCUGAUGAGGUUUAUAUGGAAGUCAUUGUAGGAGAGGAAGAUGCUGCAGCAGCCCACGAGCAGCAAAUUGAUGACACCGAAAUUAAAACUUUCAUGCCCAUAGCUUGGGCAGCAGCUUAUGGUAAUAAUAACGAUGGCAUCGAAAGUCGAAAUGGCACUGCAAGUGCUCUUCUGCACAUAGAUGAGUCAUCUGGACUUGGGAGGUUGGCCAAGCAAAAACCAAAGAAAAAGAGGAGACCUGAGUCCAGGCAGUAUCAGACAGCAAUAAUCAUUGGCCCUGAUGGUCAUCCAUUGACAGUCUACCCCUGCAUGAUUUGUGGAAAGAAAUUUAAAUCUAGAGGUUUCUUGAAAAGGCACAUGAAAAACCACCCGGAGCACCUUCUUACUAAGAAGAAAUACAGAUGCACAGACUGUGAUUACACUACGAAUAAAAAAAUAAGUUUACAUAACCACUUGGAGAGUCAUAAGCUGACCAACAAAACAGAAAAGCUUAUUGAAUAUGACGAGUGUGGGAAAACCUUCUCUCAUGCAGGAACUUUAUUCACUCACAAGAUGGUGCACAGGGACAAAGGAGUUAAUAAAAUGCACAAGUGCAAAUUCUGCGACUAUGAGACAGCGGAGCAAGGCUUGCUGAGUCACCACCUUUUAGCUGUCCACAGCAAGAACUUUCCUCACAUUUGCGUGGAGUGUGGCAAAGGGUUUCGCCAUCCGUCGGAGCUCAAGAAGCACAUGCGGAUCCACACUGGUGAGAAGCCCUACCAGUGCCAGUACUGCGAGUACCGAUCUGCCGACUCCUCCAACUUGAAAACCCACGUAAAGACUAAACACAGUAAGGAAACGCCGCUCAAGUGCGAUAUUUGUUUCCAGACUUUUUCAGAUACCAAAGAGCUACAGCAGCAUACGCUUAUGCAUCCAGAAAGUAAAACACAUCAGUGUUUGCAUUGUGACCAUAAGAGCUCAAACUCCAGUGAUCUGAAACGACACAUAAUUUCAGUCCACACAAAAGACUAUCCUCAUAAGUGUGAUAUGUGUGAUAAAGGCUUUCACAGGCCCUCGGAACUGAAAAAACACGUGGCGGCUCACAAGGGUAAAAAAUUGCACCAAUGCAGACAUUGUGACUUUAAGAUCGCAGACCCCUUCAUUCUGAGUCGCCACAUACUCUCAGUUCACACAAAGGAUCUUCCUUUCAGGUGCAAGAGAUGUAGAAAGGGCUUUAGGCAGCAAAAUGAGCUGAAAAAACACAUGAAAACACACAGUGGCAGGAAAGUUUAUCAGUGUGAGUACUGUGAGUAUAGCACUACAGACGCCUCAGGCUUCAAACGGCAUGUUAUUUCCAUUCACACAAAAGACUACCCUCACCGGUGUGAGUAUUGCAAGAAAGGUUUCCGAAGGCCUUCAGAGAAGAACCAGCACAUUAUGCGACAUCAUAAAGAUGUUGGGCUGCCUUAAAGUCCCUCUCACAGACUUAUGGCUGGAAUUAUAAAGGAAAUUUGCCCUUCAGGCAGUUAGCUUAUUUUAAAGCCAAUCACCUGCGAUCACACCCCCCAAAAAAAACAACAAAAAAACCCAACAAAAAAAAAAUACUGUGCAUUUGAUUUGUUGCUGUAUAAAAAUAGGAUUAUUGCUUCUAGUUGACUUUUAUACCUUUUGUUCAAUAGCGUGUUCUGAAUUCUAUUCAGUUUGUUUAAUAAAUGAAGAAAAGAUGGCAACAAUAAAGUUGCAUUUAAUAAAGUAAACCCUGUCUCUUACUGAAUUUUUCAACCAUAAUAGUUUAUUUAGAGAUAUAUAUCUUACUGACCUCGUUGAUACUCACAGUGUCCAUGUUAAUGCAGUUUUGUCAUGAAUUUUAAAAAUAUGACAUUUCAAUGAAAUUGUCAGAGGUGUGUAAAAAAUGGGGAAUUGUCGUGUUGACAGUAAAGGCACUAGGGCCCACCUGAUUGUCUUGUUUUAACUAUACAGACUUUGUGGCAGGUUAACUAUUUUCUAUUUGAGGAGUUACAAAUCUCACUUCGUUGCGGAAAAAUAUUUGUGUUUUAAUUCUGGUUUCAGAGAGAAAAAUAUUUAAAAAGUGGUUUGGGGAGGUUUUUAUCUUUCUUGGGCAAAUUUAAAAGUAUGCUCAAAUAGUACAUUUAUUGUUCUGUGCUUGUCUUUGAAAGGUUUUGUGUGUUACAAAUGAGUUGGUUUUUCUUUUCGCUUUACUUCUGUCUUAAUGUUGGAAACGUAAAAUACUCGUGUUCCAUUUGCAGAGUUAAUACUAGAUCACAACUGUCUGUAUGUGCCGGUAAAUGUACCUCAAACUUUAUGCUUUUAUGUGUGUUGGUAUUUCUUUAAAAAACAUUUUGUGGUUCAAGUCACAUUUUUAUUGUGAGUUGUUUUAGAAUAAAAUUUAAGACCGAGAGGUGCCUCGAUUUUGGAAAGCAGAUAUUUACAGUGAGAGCUUAAGAGGGGAAAGGAGCAGAGCAGACAUGUUUCUAAGGAGUAGAGAUGUAAGGUAGAUAUCCUUAAUAUGAAAAGUAACUUUUGAUAGAAGCAGUUUUGUUUCUAAAUUGAAUGUUUUUCCUGAACCAUCAGUAGCUGUGUUCAGCUGCUGUUUAUUAAUUAGUACAGUAUCCAGAAUUAACCCAGUUCUUUUAAUCUGUUUAUAAACAGCUGGGAGAAUAUUACAAUUAUUAUAUGCAAUUUUGCCACCUGAAGACUAUUAUAAAGUAGCGCCACAUCAUUUGGUAAUUGCUGCAUAAAUGUACCAAGCAUGAAGUCAUAUACCUUAACAACAACCCAAAGUAUUUAAUUACAUGCCAGAUUUAAGGACCUGGCCCUGCUCCCCAUGCUCAGAUUCCCACCCCAGCCACUGUUUGACGAUGAAUUGCAGAAUUUGGUCCCAGCUGCCUGCCAGAUUAGGAUAGAUUUGUAACCAGCAAUUCCCUAAUGGAGAGGGUUCAGAGCCUGGCCCAGUGUUAAUUCUUGUUUCUAGGCAGGUGAACUUCCAGUUGAAAUGAAACAGGAAUUUUAGUUAUGAUCUCAAGUUCGGGGUGAUAGAGGGACAAAGGUUUCCUUUCAGGUGUGCGUCCUCUGAGCAUUUUGUGUUUUGUUUUGUUACCGAGCCCUGCCCCUCGUGUCUCACUGUGAGCUGAAAUACUCGUCUGUAGUGUGCAGUUCAGGACAGUCAAAUGCCAUGUCACUAUCUGUGUCGUAUGAUGUUUUUUUCUUUCAAUGCCUGCUUGACAGUGUCCCCAGACUUGCCCAGUGUGCUCUUGUAUAAUACUGCUACUAGCGGGCCAUGACCCUUUAGCGUGUAACACCUGGCCGUGCUGCACUGUGCCUUCCUUGAAAUCCCCCGAAGCUGAAGCCCGCGGAUUUCCUUCAUGGCCGUAGCUGUGCGUUGCCUACUGAUGCCAAAUCAGAUGCAGCAAAACCCAGCAGAGGUUUCCCGUUCGCUUCUUGCAAAGUACCUGCCUGUGACUAUUUUUUUCCCCCUCUUAUGUUCAAGCAUUUUCUAACUGGAAACCUGGAAAGUGUACAAAAUCUGCAUAAAUUCCCAUAGUAUUGCUGAGGAUUUUAGCCAUUUUAACUUUAUUUUUUUAAAUAAGCUGAAAGACAAAGAACACAAUUUUAUGCAUUUUCUUUCUCUUACGUAGCCUGGAAUCAUACACACUUUUUUUUUUUUUUUUUUAAAGCACAAUGUUGAAACUUUUUUUUUAAAUAAUUAAGGGUUUGGUCAAGUGGAUUUUGUAAAAUGUAUUUGUCUGUAUAAAGAGAAAAUGAAAUUAUAGUUAUUGUUAAUGUACUGACAUUAGUUACAGGCUAGUUUUAAUUCUUAAAUAAUUUGCUUAGCAAAUGCUAUAAAAUGGAUGUUUCAGUUUAAUGUUUAAAAAAGGUACAGAUUUUUACAAGGACAUAAUAUAAAUUAUUGUUCUGUAGAAAAUACCCUGUUAAAUAUUGUAUACGUCCUUCCCUCUGUACACUUUGUAAAAAAGACAAAAGAAAAAAACAAAAUACAUAGAACCAUAUAGGGAUGUGUGACAUUAUUGUAAUUGUGUACUUGAUAAUAACGUGAAAAAAUAAAAUUCAAAAUAUUUUCCUUUUAA